CACACGCGACUUGCCGCCGAUUUCGCGCUCCGCGUUCCAUAUUCGAAUUUAAAAACGAAUUCCAGACUAUCGUGUUUGUUUAUGACCAACUUUUUAUUUUAAUUUGAAAGUGGACUUAAGUUUUAUUUUUAAACAAUGAAGGACUAUGAUUGUGACUGUUGCGUUUGAACGUGUUGUGUUUAUUUUCUACUGUUUUCGGAAUUCCCUUUCAAAAGGGAGUGGAUGUGAAACUGGAUAGGACCCGGAAGAACGGGUUGACUCUCCCAACGCGCUUCCGCGAAAGAACCAAAAUGACGGUGAAGAAGACCACCCGCAGCGGCGGUUUCGCCGCUUGCGUCGCGCGGCAGAAGCUCCACAACAACAACCAGUUCGACAUCCUCACGAUCAAACCCGCCAACCCCACCACCUACAACAUCGUCGUCGGCUUCAACGAAAAAGACCAACUACAACUCCUCACUAAAGAUGACGAGUUCAUCAAAGAAUUCUCAGACAUCAAAAACAAAUACGAAAACAUCUCCAUCGAUGACAUCACAAACUGUGUCAACGUCGAAAACUACCCUAACUGCGAGAACACUCUAGUCUUUUACGUAACCAAAAACCUGACGAAGGAAGCGAUAGCCCUCAAAUUCGAAAACGAGCAAGACUUCAAAAGGAUAUACUUCACGUACAAAUAUUUCAAAAUGCGCAAUCGACUGACGAACAACGCUAACAAUUAUGCGAGUAGCGAUAAUUUGUUUUCGAAAAAGAAGACGUACGAGAUAUUUAAGAAUAGGAAAAAUAGCAUCGACGAUUAUAGUUUCGAGAAGAGUCGAGCUGAGUUCGAUUUAAUGCAGACAACCGACAACGAUCUGACGUACAUGACGGUGCAGCAGAAGAAUUACAAUUCCCGAUUCGAUCAGCCGAUGAGUCUGAUAGACAUCAGGAGCGAGGAACCGGGAGAAAUCGACAGUGUCAUAUAUACUAACGUAGACAUACCAGCCAAACCUGAUAGGAAAAGGCUGUUCCAUAAAAAACCUAAAGCACCACCUCCUCCAGUACCUACGCAUACUAAAGAUAAUCAAACAAAAGUGCUAAAAGGAGAAUUCGUUAGAGUGAACGUAGAAAGAGUUCCGGAUGUGGUUCCUAAGGAUAACAAACAAAACAAAGUGCCUGACAUCCUCAUGUUUAGAGAUAACAAACCUAAGAAGAAUGGUGCCAGCAAUCUGUGGUCGGCUAGUAAUAAAGUGGCGACUGGGUACGAAUCCGACCGCGAAGAAUGGAGGAGCAGCCGCUCGCAGUUCUCCACGACCGCCUUCGACAGCCUCGCGCGCCCCACCAAGAUGGCCAUGGCCCUCACCCUCCGCAAACCCCCCAGAAUCGACCCCCCGCCCCAAUACUACCGGCUGCCUGACCCCAAACCCAAACUCACCCCGCUCCCCUUCCGGCCAAACAACUUCCUCCAACGACCACCCAGGCUCCCUAGGCCAACCGAAGUAAAAAGAAACAUCCUUACCACAGACCAUCGCAAAUACACCUCCCUCCAGAACCUGGACUUACCUAUGAAACUAAGCGAAAAGAAACCUGAACCGAAGAAAAACUACUCCAACAUAUCCCAUAGAAUCACAGGUUUAACCAAUAAGCUGAGAGACCUGGGCAGUCCAAGUAACACAAUAGGUAGGUUCAAAGCCCAGUCACACAAUGAUGUGGCCAAUCUAAAGCCAGUACUGAAGACUAGAGACGGCCAUGAUGGCUCAAAACGGUCCGUCGUGAGGACUUGCAGUGCUGAACCGCCAAAGAAAGUUACUUUCAGUGCUUUUGCCACGGUCCAAGUGGUUUAGUUCGUAGCUGUAUUUUAAAUAGUUUAAGCAAUGGCUAGGCCGGGAUUUCUGUGUAAAUACAAAUUGUAUAAAGUUUGGAGCAAAUAGAACUUUUUAAAAGUUAGUUAUUUAGUCAAAACUAUGUGUAUUUUUAGAUGUGUCUUAACUUUGUCGUAAUUAUUUAUUGUUAAUGUAAAAUGUAUUUCUUUCUAUUGUACUUCUACUUUGCUCCAUAGUUACAGUGUGACUAUUGCACCGCUUAUAUCAUUAUACCUUUAGCGUUACUUAUCUUGUUUAUAUACUUAUAAGUUACUUAUAUUUAUACUUUAUUCCUAAUUAUUUAUAUGCAUAACGUUGAUAAAUGAGCUACAGAGAAAUCCGAUUGUUGAGCAAGUUCAAGUGGCUCUAAAAUAAUUUCCUAUAAAGAAAACACAGACAAAAUAACUA